AUGUCUCUCCUCACCUCCUUUUUCCUUUUCUUCAUCCUCCCCAUCCUGACCCUCUCCACCAACCUCACCACCCGAACAAUUCCCCCGGACAACUGCCUCGUCGUCGACCAAUCCAGCACCAACAACACCAGUAACGUAUACAGAAACAUCACCGCCGCCCUCGACAGCCUCCCCACUUCCUCGUCAUCAGCAUGCAUCUACAUCGCCUCUGGCACCUACGAAGAACAGCUCGUGAUCAAGUACCCCGGCACGCUGACCAUCUUCGGCGAGACCAACGAUACAAGCACCUACGCGCAUAAUACGGUCACAAUCAUGCAUACGAUCUCCUCGCCUGAGGCCGGUUCGUUGGUUGAUAGUGCCACCGUAGCGGCUGAGAGCGAUGGGUUGAGGAUGUAUAAUGUUAACGUUGUCAAUGGGUUUGGGGCGGGGGCACAGGCUGUUGCACUCUCCGCGAACGGCGACAAAAUGGCCUUUUAUGCCUGCCAAUUCAUCGGCUACCAGGACACGUUGUACGCGAAAGACGGAACGCAAUAUUAUAAGAACUGUUAUAUUGAAGGAGCCGUCGACUACAUCUUCGGCGCGGCAUCCGCCUACCUCUCAACCUGCACCAUCGUCUCCACCGGCAAAGGCUACAUAACAGCCAUGUCACGACAACUCGAAUCCGACCCGGCCUGGUACGCCUUCGACUCAUGCACGAUCAGCGCCGCACCGGGGCUCGAGGACGAGUUAGCCGGAAAGGUAUACCUGGGACGACCGUGGCGGGUUCUCGCGAGAGUGAUCUAUCAGAAUUCCAAGCUUAGUGGGAUUAUUCAUGAAGAUGGGUGGACGACCAUGGCGGAGGGCGCGACCCCGCUGUUCUAUGAGUGGGGGAAUGAAGGGGAGGGAGCGGAUACAGGGAAGAGGGUUUGGGAGAGUGAGAUUGAGGGAGAGGUUGAGAGGGAGGUGGUUCUGGGGGAGGAUUGGGAGGAGUGGGUGGAUGUUGAGGGGGGGUGGGUUUGA